AUGGGAAAAGUCGGUCCUCCGAUCUGGACGAAGAGACAGACGGCAACCGCUUCUUCUUCUUUGCGUGGUAAGCCCACUCAGUUGACAUUCGAGGCACCGCUCUCUGUUUUCCCUGUUGGACUGGCCCCUCCUUAGAAUAUCACGCGUGUCUGUGCGUAGCACACAUUGACGACAUAUUUAGCAUUGUCAGUCUUUGAACCCUGCAACGCCUUCUCUCGUUAUGACAUAGUCAUCUCACCGAUCUCAUGUCGGUGAGGAUGGAGGAGAGCGUGGCAUUUUAAGCGCAAAUCACGGUUCCAAUGUGGACCGUCUGUCAACUCCCAGACAAUUGACUGGGUUAAUUGCAACUGACUGGAUAAUCACAUCCCGCCUAGUGACGUCAUGUUCUUCGCAGACUAGAUAAAGACGCACAUGGAGUCGGUGUACUUGAUUCGCAGACAACGACAACAACAGUAGCAGUCAUGGGAUCUACGGAUGGUUAAUGGCAUGAUGAAGAUGAUGUGGGGAGGGGGGCUUACACGCAGGAUGACGACGGCCAAUGAACCUGAGGUGGCCAAUGCCGACUCCAAUGACUUUAUUAGUCCCCCUUCAGCAUCACUCCUGCUCACUAUACGGCUGAUUAAGAGAACGUGUCAAAGGCUAUGCCCACGUAAGGACACAUUCAUCUGUUAUCUCACCCUCGAAGACUGGUAGCGUGUUAGCCUAGCUGAUGGCUACCCGGCGUGUCCACAAUUGGCGGAUAGUUGAACGGCCCUCAGUGAAGAUUAGCUGCGAAAUAAGCAGACCCGAGUCUGACGAAUAAGCAGCCGAGGUCCCAAUCCCAGUCUUCUCCUAUAGACCGUCAUACAUCGACGAUUAUCAAAUUUGGCGCCUGCUCCCUCUCUCUGGACAUCGGUCUCCGGCGUCUCUUCCCUAGGAUCUUCGUCGUUGCUGACAUCCCAUGUGCCUUUCUCUGGGCAGAUUUCCUGGCCGCUUUCGAUCUUCUGGUCAACUGCCGUCAGUCACGUCUUCACGAACAGACUACCAACCUCACUGUCCGGGGUAUCUCCUCCUCCGACGCUUCCCGACAACUCUCCGUCUUGGACCCUGAACCCGAUAAUCCAUUUCGGCAACUCCUCACUAAGUACCCCGCCCUCACUCGCCCCAACUUCAACGUUUCUAUUCCACCACACGACGUAGUUCACCAUAUCCGGACCAUUGGCCCUCCCGUGUUUUUUCGCCCCCAGCCGUCUCGCGCCUGCACGUCUUGCUGCCGCCAAGUCCGAGUUCGAGCACAUGCUUCAAAUGGGCAUCAUUCGUCAGUCUGAAAGCCCAUGGGCCUCAGCCUUCCACAUGGUUCCAAAUGCCGCCACAGGUGACUGGCACCCCUGCGGUGAUUAA